AAUGUACACUAGGUAGUCGUUACGGCAAACUCAGACGAAUCUGAUCUCAUUGAUCUCGGUGGUGGCGACGGCGAAUACACGAAAAACGAGAACGUCCACACGCGCGCAAAUUAUUCGUUGUGCAAUAAGGAAGCAAAAAGUAUAGAAAUUUAAUUAAAAACUACUUUGUUAAAACAAAAAUAUAUAUAUAAAAAAUUUCGUGAAGGGAUAUUCAGAGUUUGCAGGGUUGCUGAUUUACAUACGUACAGACCUUAUAAUUUUCAAAAUGAAAUUGCUAACAAUGUUCGUGCUGCUGAUAGCCAUUGUUGCAGCUCUUGGGCCCAACGAAUCAGUAGGUGCCUCAACGGAAGUUAUGGCGGAUCCUGACUAUAGUACUGUUUCUACUGUAGAGUCAACUAUUAUAGGGGCAGCUGCUGUUACUGAUGAGACAAAUACUUCUGCUUCUAGUAAUCCGACCACUAUUGCUUCUAAUCCUGAUGAAACAACCUCGGUUGCUACCAGUGAGGCAACUACUGUUGCUGAGGAACCAACCACUGUUGCUACUGAUGAAACCACAUCGGUAUCUUCUGCUACUACUCCUAUUACUGUGGAGUCUACCACUGCCAAACCUGAUGAAGCAACCUCGAUUGCUACCAGUGAGGCAACCACUGUUACGGAACCAACCACUGUUGCUACUGAUGAAAUCACAUCGGUAUCUUCUGCUACURCUACUAUUACUGUGGAGUCUACCACUGCCAAUCCUGAUGAAACAACCUCGGUUGCUACCAGUGAGGCAACCACUGUUACUGAGGAACCAACCACUGUUGCUACUGAUGAAACCACAUCGGUAUCUUCUGCUACUGCUACUAUUACUGUGGAGUCUACCACAGCCAAUCCUGAUGAAACAACCUCGUCGGCUACAAGCGAAACCUCCUCUACUACUCCUGGUAACACCACAACGGUUUCUCCGAGCGAAACCACGCCCAACACUGAUGAAACAACGGAUGCAACAACCAAUAAUACGGAUGCCUCAACUGCAACUCCAGAUACCACCCCCGUAGAGAAUGGAAGUACAAAUCCACCAUCUACAGAAGCGCCACCUGCUAAUAAGCUUCAAUGUUAUGCAUGUGAGGGCGACGAUUGUGAUGAAAAGACUGUGAUCAACUGUCCGGAUGAUGGCAGAACUUAUGAUGUGGAGGACAUAAACAAGAGUUUGGCGGAGAAAGCAACGGAAAUUCUUCUUGAAAAUUAUCGUUCAGUUGCGCGAUUGGACCGCGCCGAUGUGAAGGGUUAUGCUUGCUACAGAGUGCAGAUUACAGAUAAUGAUGACAAGACAUUGAAACUUGGAUGUAUUGCCAUACCUUAUGGCCAAAGCGCCUGUGAGGCUGUGCGGAACAAACUGAAUAUAACGACAACAGCUGUUAGUGACGAAUGUUUGGCGUGUCAAACUGACUUAUGUAACGGUAGUGCAAUAGCAAAUUUAUCUGUAGCGGUACUUUUGUCCGUAUUGCUGGCAAAAUUUCUAUUUUAAGUGAUCAGUAAAAUAAAUACUUUCUACUUAAUUACGCUUUAGUUUAAUUUUAUAUUCAA